UUAUUUCCGUAAUUCAAUGGCUCGUGGUGGGGUGCGUUCUGCAUUUAUUAAUCGAUAAAUUUUGGAGGUCUGUUUGAAAGACUUUCCCGCUCUUUCCCCACCGCCGCGUACCUUUUUUCAACUGGCAGGUAAAACCGCCGGAGCCGCCGAGGAUAUACCGGUCAGUAGUCGGUGGAGCGUCGAGACCGCACAUUAUUGCAUUAGUGUAUGGAAUAUUUUUUUCAUUAACUGGAUUGUUGUGUGUGAUUAACAAGAACAAAAUCGAUUUUUUUUUGUGCCGAGUGACAUGAAUAUCUAGUUAACCCAAGUGCUUUAGACAAAAUGUCGGACUCUGGUGGCACUGACAACCCUGCAUUCAGCAGUGAGGAAGAAUCUCACGAAAACAGCUGCACAGAGAGUAAUCGGGAGGAUCAGAGAAGCAAGUCACCAGACAAUAACACUUCCUCACAAGUUGGCAAUGGACAUUCCUUCGUGUCCCAGCACUAUGUAGAGCCAACUAGGAAAGAUAGUGAUGCUCAAUACAAGACUGAAACGCGAAUCGAAGUGCCUGGGGAUACGGAGAAGAGUCAAAAUCCUGCUAAGGUCAAUGGAAUACAUGCCAAUGGUAACGCCGAUGACGCGAGCUUUUUGAAUAAUAGUGUUGCCAGCGUUCAAACAACUGAUGGUAAAAAGGAGCAAAUUGAGGCCGUGAAUCUCGAGCUGGUGUCAAUGAGGCCCUACGCUACCGGAAACAAUCACCAAAAGGGGCAGGAGGCGUGCGAUUUACCAAAUGAUCCAUAUGAAGAGUACUUCGUACCAGUCAAUGAACAUCGGAAGUACAUCAGCAGCAGCCCAAGCGCAGAUGUCGAAACGACUGUAGCUGGUGUACGUUUCGAUUUGGGACCGGGUGUUGGCCGCGAGGGACUCAGCCUGAGAGACCCCGCCGCUGGACUCGUCGACUAUUCCCAUUGGCUGAAUGCCCUAAGAGGUGAAAAAUUGUACGUCACCAAGGACAAGAGGUCAAAGAGUUCGUACUGGAGGAGAAUGGCCUGUUGGGGGUUUGGCUUAACCGUACUAGCGGUGGCUCUCAUAAUAGCAAUUUUAGCAGCCACCGGUGUUAUUCUAACGCAAGAGGCAACUCAACCACUGGACAAUGCACCACCGACUUACGAUGAUGUCAAAGCCGCCGGAAGCAAGGAGUUCAUUAAGAAUCCACCGUCAAGUCCACCACCGGAAACAUCCAGUUUCACACCAUGGCCAACGACCGACGAGACUAUAUUCAAAACAGUACCUGAAGCACUGAAUGGCAUUAUCUGGUUGGACAACCUCACGUGGAACGAUGAACUCAUGGAUCCAAAAUCCCGAGUUUAUCGAGAUGUAUCCGCUGAAAUUGAAAACAAUAUCCGUGAAAAUUUCUUUCCAUCAUCUUCAUCUGUUAUCAAAGUAUACAAUAUUACAAAUGAGGGUCAGGUAAUGUUCAGGAUCAGUUAUCCGCCAAUAUCCACCCCGGAAAUGAUGCAAGAGAGCAUUGAAAAGAUGCUGCGAAACAAUGGAAAUACCAUUGGAAAAUACCACCUCAAUAGAGUUCAUAUGAAGCCACUAAUUGACGAGUGUCAAUACGAAAAUAUGAGUUGUUCCGGGGAUUGUAAAUUUGAUUACACGACUGGUGUAUUCACGUGCGUUUGUCCAUCUGGAAAAGCUCUGGAUACAGCUGGAGCGAAUUGCACUGACGACGGUGAUCUGAGUGAUGUUGGUAUGGACAUUGAACAGCCAAAACUCACAACAGUUGAAGACACCGUCCAGGGACGAAGUAGUGCAUCGAUCUUCGAACCUCGAGGACACGAUCACAACGAGCCCUGGAUGCACGAGCACGAUCAUCAUCAUGAAGUUCACGGAACUGUUGAACCAGUUGAGGAAUCUGAACCAGAACCGGAAGUAACUCCAACCCACAGCACCAGUACUGAAUUAACUCCAAUGGAAUCAUCACCAGAGCCAAGUUCUCCACCCGAACCGUCAAGUAUUCCUGCAUCGGAACCGGAAUCAUCAGCAGAACCGACGUCUCAAUCCGUUCCAGUAGCUGAACCGACUUCUGAACCCGUUCCAGCAGCUGAACCAACUUCUGAACCGUUGCCGGUUGAACCUGAAGUGAACACUGAGCCGUCGCCAUCAUUUUUCGAAGUAGAAGCACCUGCAGAACCAAAAUCGUCCCCAGAGCCGACUAGUGAACCCUCUGCGGAGAGUGAGCCUUCACCUGAGCCAGACGUUCACGCAGAACCCGCGAGUGAACCUUCACCAGAGCCGACAACCGAAGCAGAACCCACAAGUGAACCAGUUCCUCCUGAAAAUGAGCCUUCUGCGGAGCCUGAGGUUGUGGCAGAUCCAACGAGUGAACCAAUCUCCGCGGCUGAACCGUCUGUCGAACCGAUCAGCGAACCAGUUCCUCCCUCAACCGAACCAUCUGCAGAACCAAAGUAUGUGACGGAACCAGUGAGUGAGCCAACAUCAGAACCUGAACCGCCUUCAGAAUCCAUCAGCGAACCAGUUUCUUCUGCAACUGAGUCAUCCGUAGAACCAAAGUUCACAACAGUUCCUACCAGUGAGCCAAUUCCUUAUGGUGAACCAUCUGCAGAACCGACGAGCGAACCGAUUUCAGAGAGCGAGCCAUCAGCACCCAUCUCUGAAGGUGAACCCAUAAGUAAACCGAUUCCUCCAGAAGAACGGCCUGCCGAGCCUACAAGUGAGCCGACCCCUGCCAGUGAACCAUCUGCGGAGCCUACGAGUGAACCCUUCGCCGAUUUCACAACACAAUUAAUUCUUCAGGCACAACCACCUGUAGAACCUGACGCAGAACCUACAGCUGAGCCAACAUCGAAUGAUGUGCCCUCUGUAGAACCUCCUGUGGUACCUGAACCCUCGUCCGAACCCACAUCCGAGCCUGAGCCCUCUUCAGAGCCACCAGCUGAGCCUGAGCCCUCUUCAGAGCCACCAGCCGAGCCUGAGCCCUCUUCAGAGCCACCAGCUGAGCCUAAGCCCUCUUCAGAGCCGUCAGCUGAGCCUGAGCCCUCUUCAGAACCGACAUCUACGCCCAAGAUCCCCACCGACCCAUCAGGAAUCAUCUCUCCGAGGGUAGACACCACAACUGAUGCUCCAAAGACACCUCCAAUGGGAUCAUCGGCCAUAGAACAACCAGAACAUCCAACAGAGAUAAUUCCAACUACCACACCUGAACCAAUUCUCUCAGGAUUCCAUCAACCCUCUGAAGAAUUACAUGUGCAUUCCAGGGUAGCAGGUGGAGCAUCCAUCGAAGCUGAAAGUGAUGAAAGCUCUGUAGCUACUUCACCACCAAAAUCAUCGGACGCAAACUCACGAACAGAUAUUCCAGAAACUGUUCACCCCACAGACCCAGUACCAACGUCUGUUGACUCCUCCCUGGAGGAUGAUCCCAACAGCUUCCCAAAAUUACCAGAAAAUAUUUCCAAGAAUAUUGAGCCUCUGAACGAAGCCUUGAACACCCCCUCAUCAACAGAAGCCCCGACAUCGACGGAAAAGCUCGAUGACAUCCACCACAUCCACGAGAUUAUCCCCGAAUUGAUCCCUGAGCACGUGACCCAUGAACCUCUGGAGACACCUGCAGAUGCAAUCCAAAGGAGUUCACCAGCUCCCUCAUCGCACUCGGAAGAAAUACCUGAAUUCUCCACGACUCAUCCACUGCACCCAAUUAUCCUCCCCAACGGCAGUCCUGAGAAAUCUCCCGAGAAAGCUCCCCCAGCGGAAGAAAAACAUCAAGAAGACAUGUCCCCUUUCCUACCGGACGUAGUUCGUGAAAAAGAGAUGCCCAAAAAGGCGCCGCGUCUAGACAAAGACGAACAAGACUUCCCAAAUCCAUUCGAGCCGGCAGUUGUCGAGGAUGUGAUAAUUCAUCAUGAGAAUCAUAAAAAUGGAAGUGAGUUCACGGACUUGACCAACGAGGUAGGACAAUCCCACGUUAUUCAUCAGACCGGAACAACGCGCGAGGAAGACAUAAGUGGAGUUGACAACGUAACGAUGAUACCGACAACAGAGAAUGACACGCAUGCAGUAGACACGAGUACUGAGACAUCAUUGAGUGUUGAGGACGUUGAAACACGACAACCUGAUGACACCAAUGAUACGGAUAUUAGCCAGGUUAACGACCUGAAUAUCAUGAUGAACGAUGACAUUAAAGUUAAUCUUGGUAGCACCGAAACUGCUGAUGUAUUGGAUUUGUCAAAGGUCAGUUUACCAGGGAAUGUCACGAUGAAAAUGAGUACAGAAACACCCCACGAACCUAGUAAAUUCGAGGACAAUGCGGUUGAGGAUCAGUACAACGAUAUAGUUGAUGAAAAUGUAUCCAAGGAUUCUGAGAGAAAGAUAAAGACAGCAGCGAUUAACGAGCAGAUUGAGGACACGAAGAUGAUUCCGCAGGAAAGUAAACCAGAGGCAGACGCUAGCAUUGAACCAGAAACUGAGAGCACGACAUCUAGGACUGACACUGAAGCCAAACCAGUGGCUAUCGAGAAACAGAACGAAGAGACGAACAGAUUCACAACAGAAAUUCCGAUUCUUCCCAUGGAAAUACAACAGGACUUAUCAACAACGGAAUCAGCUGAUAAAAUUGAAUCAACUGUCUCAAUCGUAACCGAUGCUGAAGUUAGUUCACCAGUGACAACAACUCAGGCAUCUACUCUGGAAACGAAAACGACUGCUCAGGUGCCAAUUUUGCCCGAAGAAUUUCAAACAACAGAAUCCAAUGACAUUAUGAGCACAACCCAGCAGAUGCCAAUGAUUUCCAAUGAGACAUCAACCACACAGCCAAUUACAGAAGAAAUUUCUGAACAAUCACCAGAAGAUUCUAUUGAAGUCAAGAGUACAACGGAGAAAAUGACAAUAACCGCAAGUGAUUCAACCCCACCCAUUACCGAUGUGGUGCAUAAUGAUGAGGACAAUAAAACAACCGAAGCAGUUACGUCACCAACAGUAGAUAUCAAACCAGUUUCAGAGGUGAUUGUUGAUGACCCUGAGCCAGUCACUUUCGAUCGCAGUCGUUUCUUCCCAACGACAACUGUACAAACACUUGUGGAGGAGAUUCCGGAGGACUUACUGGGAGUUAAUCCACUUGAUGAGGGGGACGAACUCCCUGGGACAAUAGCAAUUCCAGAAUCCACAGAAAUACAACUGCCAGAAACAGAAUCGGUCACCACAACUGAAAGAGCUCCUUCUGUACCAAAACUGAAGAUCGUCGAGAUUACAUCAGAUAAUGAUGGUCCCCAGGUAAAUGACUCAAUCAGGUAUUCAUCCACUGAAUCUCCUAAACUGGAAAUGUAUGUCACACCAUCUCGCACAACUCCAGAGGUGAUUCCAGUCUACGAAGAGGUGGAGGACGAUAGCCUAAAUCCUUUCAUAAUAAACCCAUCUAAAAUAAUCCCUACUGAGACCUCUGCGGAAAAACCUGGAGCCGAAACCUCUCCAGAGGCUCCAUUUCCAACAAUGUUAUUCUCAAAAUGCAACGCCGGCCAGUUCCAAUGUUUGAACGGAACUUCACGCGAUGGUGCCUAUUGCGUAGAGCUCUCCUCGAAAUGUGAUUCAGAGAACGAUUGCUCCGACGGCUCUGACGAAAUCAACUGCCAGGAAGACGGUUGUCCCGGUAAUUUCCAAUGCGCUAGUGGCCAAUGUCUCAAGCGUCACCUAGUUUGCAACGGAAUUGUCGAUUGCGACGACGGAAGUGACGAGGAAAAAUGCAGCGAUUGGACAUGUCAUUUCGACGAGUUCAAGUGUCCCAACAACAGAUGCAUUCCCGACCUCUGGAGAUGCGAUGGCAGGCCAGAUUGUGACGAUCACAAGGACGAGUAUUCAUGCUCUGAGAGCUGUGGAAACAACGAAUACCUCUGUCCCACCGAGAACUGGUGUAUCCCCCAAACAUUAAGGUGCAAUGGACUUCCUGAUUGCGCCAAUGGAGAGGACGAGAAGUUGUGUGACUGCACAGUCGAUCAAUUCAAAUGUAGAACAGGGGGUUGCGUCAAUUUAGAUCAAGUGUGUGAUGGUGUGGAACACUGUCCUGACCAUUCUGACGAGUGGAACUGCCUCGCUGCCAACUUGACCAUUGACAAGACGCAGGCGGAUGACAGAGAACAACUGACACUUUUGAAAAUCAAAAUGGGAAGUGAGAGACUCUCUGUUUGCUCUGAUGACUGGACUAAAUCUCAAAGUGAUGAGUAUUGCAAAGCACUAGGAUAUGCUGGCUCUGACGUCACACAGACAACUGUCUAUACUGGGGAGGGUUCAGUGUUGAGGCUGAAGACACCUCCAACUGGUUCUAAUCUCCUUGCUAAUCUCAUGAAGAAGGAUGUCUGUGAAUCGGGGGAGAUAGUCAAGGUAUCCUGCCAAGAAUUCACUUGCGGAUCACAAGAGAGCGAGGGCCCCACUGCUAGAUUAGUGGGUGGUACACCUGCUGGAGAAGGUCAAUGGUCAAGUGUAGCCCUUCUGAGAGAAGUCAAAAGUGGUGCUACGUGCACAGCAAGUGUCCUUGGACCCAUGCAUGCUCUCGCAAGCUAUUCCUGCAUUUAUAAACACCGACAGAGUCCCAACUGGGAAUUGCAAACCGGAAGAGAUCUUCAGCAAUCAACAAAAGUCAAGAGUAUUGUUCCUUAUCCUGAGGUUAAAUAUAACCAGUUCCUGUAUGACAAUGACUUUGUGCUCAUUGAAUUGCUGGAGCCUUUGGUUUUCUCGAGAAAUGUCAGUGCUGUUUGUCUACCCAGUCAACAGUUUCAACCGAGGGAUCUGUGUGUCACUGCUGGAUGGGGAUUCCCCAUGAAUGGAGAUGUUAAUUUGAAGCUCAACUUCUUGCCAAUUCCUACUUACGAUACUAAAGAGUGUAAUGCUACUAGUCAUUACGCUGGAUUUAUUAAGGAAAAUUAUAUCUGCGCUGGGUUCACCGGAACGGACAAAGGAACAUGCUACAAUGACGAAGGGGCACCAUUGAUGUGUGCAACGGAGACAGGCAGAUGGGAGAUCCAGGGUUUACUCAGCCACCACAGUAGAUGCUCAAGAGGGUAUCCAGCAAUUUACUCAAGUUUAGCACCUGUUAUAUCUUGGCUGCAUCACUCAAUCCCAGCACUUCAAACAAGAGUUUGAAAUCUCAAUUAAUUUUCAAUCCUGUGAUUACAAUUCCGUCGAAAAAAAAUAUCAGAAGCCCAAUGCAUAUAUACUCGUUCUUCAUUAAAAAAAUGUCUAUUCUCCCAUUCGAGGAAAUGUAAAUAUUGUAUAAAGGAACUUUGUUCAAUAAGAGUUAAGAAAAGAGGCAGUGAUUUUGAGAAUUGACGAUUGGCUGCAUAAUUUACCCAGUGGGUUUCAUAAUGCUCUAUCAAAAAAUCAUUCAUGAGAUGAAACAAAUUUCUAUUGAAAAAGAAAACUAGAAAUGUAUGUAUAUAAUAGGUAUUAUUCAGCAAACGAAAGCAUAUAUACUGUUAUUAAAUUUUAACUUAAGGUGAAUUAACCUGGACAGUCACUCCCCUAUUUUAAUCGUUCACUUCUCCAAUCCUAACAUUCCUUUGGGAAAUCCCAAAACUAAAUAAACCAAUAGACAAUUACAUCUCCCAUAUAAUCUAAUUUUUUUUAAAUGAACAAUGAGUGACUGCCCAGAAAAACGCUGUUAUUAUCAAUAACUAUUGAAUAGUCAUGUUAUGUCCAAGUAUUUUUAUAUCACAAGUGAAUUUAAAUAAAUAUAAUAUCUAUAUGA